AUGGGUCUCACGGUCCAUCACCUCCAGGUCUCACAAUCGGAGCGGAUCAUUUGGCUCUGUGAAGAAUUAGGCAUCCAAUAUGAGCUCAAGAAUUACCAGCGAUCGCCUCUCCUCUCACCACCCGCAUACGUGGCUCUACAUCCGAUGGGUGCAGCACCAGUGAUCACGGACGGCGAUAUCACCUUAGCCGAGACUGGAGCGAUCACGGAGUAUAUCCUUAACAUGUACGGCAACGGCAAACUCAUCGUCAAACCCGAAGACAAGAAUUACGCAGACUACCUCUAUUGGCUUCAUUUCGCCAACGGAACACUUCAGCCUGGUCUUGGCCGUGCCGCAACAUUGAUAUGGGCUGGCGUGAGCGAAGACAACAACAUCCGUGCUCGUGUGGACAAUAAGUUCAAGGCGGCACUACAGAUCGUCGACAAUCGUCUAGACGAGACUGAAGCAUGGCUAGCAGGGAAAGAGUUCACUGCCGCGGAUGUGAUGAGUGUCUUCACACUGUCGACGAUGCGGAAGUUCUUUGGCUUCGAGUUGGGUUCAUACCCGAACGUCCUGUCGUACUUGCAGAGGGUGACGAAGAGAGAAGCUUACCAGCGAGCUAUGGAGAAGGGUGAUCCUGGUCUAGAUGUUCAAGAGCUAAUUGGAGCCGAUCCACCUUCGCCUUUCAAGGGACUGAAAACACGAUAG